UCGUUUUGUCCAAUUCAUUCAUCCUUUCUCCUUCGUCGUACCGCUAUUUCUCUCCGCAGUUCCUCUUCAACCUCAAUCCCUCUCUCGCAGAUUUAUGGCAUCAGAAGAUGACAUCCUGGCCCUUCUUUCUGAGCCAUGCGAAUCCGAUGAGCUUGUUGAUCUCUCAAAUUCUUUCUCAGAUUUACUUUCCACGUCGACCGGAUCGGACGAGAAGACUGUCGAGCUCUCACCAGAGGAGGCCGCAUGGGUCGACUCCUGCCUCGCGCUCGAUGCUGAGCUGUCGGAUGAUGAUUGGGCUGCAUUCACAGAGGCCCUGCUUGACACCCUCAGCACUCAAAACUCACAUGAUGAAACUGAGUAUGUGAAUGGGGCUGUGGAAGGCCGAAGGGUGCAAAUUACUGAGAGAUCAGAAACUGAAGUGAUGUAUGUUGAAGAGAGAGAUGACGAUGCUGAUGUGGAGGAUGAAGCGGAGGCAGAAGCUGCGUUGAUCCGUGACGAGGAGAGAGAUAAAGAUACAAGCGAAGGAGAUGCUAAUGCGGAGGACUCGGAGGAAGUUGAGCAAGAAGCAGAGUCGCGCGAGAGUAUAUUUAAGGUCUGGGAUUUGGAGACGCCGAUUUCAAACGAGGAGGAAGAUGAUGAACUCAUCGAACAGCUGAAUAAGCUUCUCAUUGGGGGGAGUGGUCCGGAGGGAGCUUUCCGGCAACCUCCCUAUGAACCUAGCAGGACUGUGAUCCAAGAAAAGAUUAUCGAUGAGCUUGCUGCAAAUAUGACUGAUUUGUCGCUUCGCCCACUUGAUGACUGAAUUUGAGUGGACAAAUAUUUACUGAUGAAUGUUACCCAAGUCUUAAUAUGGAAAUGUAGGUUUCUUAGUCGACGGUCUUUCUCAGCAUAUCUGAGAAUUUAGGUUUACUUUUUAACCCAUGUUUUCCUCAAUCUUGCUUGUAUAUUUAGCCUUAAAUGCUCAUUGUUGUAUGGAACUCCUGGGAAGUUAUAUUUAGAAAUUUGCAUCUUUUGUAGUGUC